AUGUUGUGUGUCUCUAGAAAGAAGCUCUUCUUUCACAGUGUGGAAGCUGCGAACGCGAUCCGAGUAUGCUCAGGCAAGAAGCCGACCCCCCUCCCAAAGACUUUCUGGCAACUCCUCCGCUCCGCGACACCCAUCCGAACGAUUGAGGAGGAGCAACAGCAACGAUUCAAAGACGCGGCGAUCUGCGCCUUGCCCGACACGACCUUUGCAAAGACAAUCGACCGGGCGUUCAGGGCCUGCUUGGCACUCUUGAACGCCCCCCGCGGAAUGCAAGUCCUCUAUGUCGAAGACCUGGCCGGAAGACGUGAUGUCUUUUACCACGCUGCAGACCAGACCCUGAGAAUUCCCCAUCGCUGGUGGAAAUUGGACAGUGUGGACCCCGGGGCCCCAUGCCACAAUGCGGUCCCAAUGGCCAACGAUGGGCAGAAUGCACCUAUCUCAUGGCAAGAAGUGGUGGAGGAAUUGCUGAUCCUCUCAAUUUCUUCGGUCUGGACAGCAUUUCCAAUGUCACGCAUUAUAGAAAACCGGUACAUGCGCCACAUUAGACGCCUGCUGCAGGGGGUUCCACAGAACAUUCAAAUCAGCCCUCAUGCCACCGGUCUGCUGGUCACCUGGGAAGAUCCUCCAGCAGAUGCAAUGCAGUCCCAUGAAGGUGAGCCAGGAUACAAAGUCGUCCUUCAUGCAGGGGACUGUGGCGCUGACGCGGAGCUCCUUCAUUCCGAAACGGGCAGGUCUACCCCACCAAUCAUGUGUGGUCAGACUGAGCCACCGGCUGCGAUCAGCUCCGCAGCAUGUGGAUGCCGCCAGCAGCUGGUCUCUCGUUCGACUCAGUGGUGCGUGUUCGCAGAAGUCGACCAAUAUACAGCAUACUAUGCGAUGCUCUGCGUGAAUGAACCGUCGGCGAUCUAUAGCCUGCCAUCGGAGACAUUGAUCCCUGGCACCACCAUCCACGACAGCAGUCUGGCUUCAUGCGAUCUAACCAUGCUUGCGCCCGUUAUCGUCAAACACGAAGAACCCGCGGCCCCGGCUCACCAGAGUGACACAUUGUAUCUAGAGUCGUGCAAAAGGCUGAAAGUCUCGCACCUUUUGAACUAA